AUGGAGGAGAAUUAUGGAAAACCCCCGAAUGUGAAGCGCAGUAUUUCUAUUUUACGGCCACCUGCGGUUUCGCUUCCAUUCCAGGGCAAACUGGCUGCACAAUCUGAGUCUGAAAAGGAACUCAUCUGUUCAAUCUGCCACGACAUCUUCAGAGACCCGGUCAUCCUCUCAUGCAGCCACAGCUUCUGCAAAGACUGUCUGAAUCUGUGGUGGAAGGAGAAGGACACCCAAACCUGCCCACUCUGCAUGAAGAUACCUUCAUCAACUGACCCACCAGUUAGUUUAGUGCUAAGGAACCUGUGUAAGACUGCUCUAGAGGAGAGAGCUGAGAGAGGAGAGACACCAAUAGCAGCAUCUGAGGCUCUCUGCAAUCUGCACGCUGAGAAACUCAAACUCUUCUGUUUGGACCACGAGGAGCCCGUGUGUCUCGUAUGUCGAGACUCAAAAACACACAACAACCACAGAUUCAGACCCAUUGAAGAAGCUGCACAGGACCAAAGAGAGAAGCUCCAGACAUUUCUCGAGCGUUUACAGGAUAAACUGAAGCUCUUUGAAUACGUGAAAGCAAAUAGUGACCUCACAGUAGAACACAACAUAAUGCAGUCUCGGCACAUAGAGAGCCAGAUUAGGGAGCAGUUUAAGAAGCUUCAUCACUUUCUGUUUGAGGAGGAAGAGGCAAGGAUCACUGCUCUGAAGACAGAAGAGGAGCAGAAGACUCGGAUGAUGCAGGAGAAGAUUGAGGCUUUGACCAAAAAGAUAGCAGCUCUUUCUGAGACCAUCAGUGCCACACAGGAGGAGCUGAGAGCUGAUGACUCUUUGUUUCUCUAUAACUACAAGGAUGCAGCAGAAAGAGUCCAACAGCGGCCCCUACUGGAGGAUCCACAGGUGGUCUCGGGAGCUCUGAUCGAUGUGGCCAAGCACCUGGGCAACCUGGCCUACAACAUCUGGAACAGAAUGAAGGAGACAGUCUCCUACACUCCUGUGAUUCUGGAUCCAAACACAGCUGAAGGACAUCUCUUCAUCUCCGAAGAUCUUACCAGUGUGAGACAAGGAAGCAAACAGAAGCUUCCUGAAAACCCAGAAAGGUUUGACAGCUAUUCGAUCAUCAUGGGCUCCGAGGGCUACGACGCAGGGAGUCACAGCUGGGACAUUGAGGUUAGAAAUGAUGGAGUCUGGUGUCUCGGUGUGCUACAGGAGUCAAUUAAGAGAAAGGGACAAUUAAAGACUGGAUUCUGGGAAUUAAGACACCACGAUGGGAAAUACACAGCAGUUGCUCCACCACUUCCACACAAAGUCCUCGCAGUGAAGACGCUCCAGAGGAUCAGAGUUCGCCUGCACUGCCACAAAAGGAAGCUCUCGUUCUUUGAUAUUGAUACCAACACACUCAUACACACCUUCAAAGUCACUAUCACUGAGAAGCUGUUUCCUUACAUGGAGACCAAGACUCUUCCACUGACCAUACUACCAGCAACCAUCUGUGUAACACUGGAAGAGCAGCCACGUUUAAAGGGAUCUAAAGAGUAUAUGGUCCAUAUCCAAUCUAGUUAA